AUGGACGUAUCGACUGACAGCUUCAAGUUAAUCUGGAACGUUCCAGACAGCCUGGCAGAUAAGAAUAUAGUCGUCUACUUAAAUGACGAAACCGGACCAGCGUGCGACCCCACCAACGUCUCGGCCAACCAACGAGCUUGUCUGAUUGACGGUCUAGAGGCCAGUACAGUGUAUAAGGUACAGCUCUUUUCAGCCGAAGUUGUCGGCACCUCUGAGUUUGACUUCCCCGUCACCAGAACUCAGUACAUACUAACACGUUCCAACGGUGAGUGUGGUCAAUAAUUUAAAUUUGCAGAUGAUUUAUAAAUAUAUACCCACAUAUAUUUAUUGAAGUACAGGAGACCUUACGCACAUUGUCAUUACGCUAAGAACGAUCUCCAUUAGCCCGACUAACUAAGGGAUUUCACAGCGUCCCUCAAUGCGUUUUUAGUACGUGCUCGGUUGGCAAAUUCCGGUUCAGAGAUUAUCAGAUGGGCAUGGAACAGCGUCCUCGGGACAAUGCAUGCCCAAUUCGAUGCAAAAAGCGGAAUGUUUACCACUACUCUGGACUGUUUAAGUCCUGCGAAUAUUUCCAUUUAAAAAAGCGAAGUUAACAAAUGUGUGUUUCCGGUAACUCACCAUCAACCCAAUGCAGAAAUUGAAAAUAAUAAAAGUUCGCAGAGUUUAUAAGAGUCUCAGUGGACAUUAUCACUCAUCGUUUCCACGCCCACGGCAUGACAAGGUCGGCGUUUUAGGAUCAUUGGGGCAAGGCGGGAGGGAAUGCGAUAAACUGUAACUAAUGUUUGUAAUUCGGGCAUUUGGAGCACACACCAUCGUCAUCAGGGGGGCUGAGUGGCGUGUAAUAAUCAUCUGGGGUCGCCAUUGGCCACGGAAGACCGAGUGCAUGCGUCAACGUCUUCUGACAAUAUAGCACCGGAUUCCCUAGCCACUGUCUCGGCUAUAGCUAGCAUCCGUUGGUGUUAGUCUUUAGAAAGGUUUUCGGUUUUGGGGUAAAAACCGAACAAAACCUAUUUUUGUACAGACUCAAUGAUUCGUAUGGACAAAGUGUGCAGGAAAAAAGCUCGAAAUCGGUCUGUUUCCAUUUCUACCUAGCCAGGCCGGCAUGAGUUCACAUGCCCUCUUUUCCAGGCGUCUCGUUGUGCGGCCAAUGUUUCCCGCUCUGUGGUCACAUCCAUGUGACAUGUUGAGGAGUUUGCGAAACAGUCGCAUAAAUUCGCCGCGAGGAAAGCGCUAGUUCGCAUACUGUGUUCCCUAGACAAGGCAGUCUUAUAAACAAGAUGUUUUUCGGCAGGUGCCGCGGUAGGCUUUGUAGUGCGUUCGUUAAUACAUCGGAGGAUAAACCUCUCUGGAUAUCCGCUUAUGCGAAGUAUGUUCCGUAGCUACAGGAGUUCUGCUUCAACUGUCUCACGAGAGCAGGUGCGUCGCACUCUAGCUGCCAACCCCGGGACUGAAUUGUGUUCAGCAUGUAAGGGGAACAACUGCGAAAAUUGAUGUAUUGCCCUGUUUAGGUUUUCUUUCGGAACUCCCUACGUUGGAUAGAUUCAUCCUCUUGUCCGUGCGAGGGGAUAUUCAGAAGCGCGAUUUUGUUGUUCGCCUCAAAGUCUGCGCAGAACACUAGCGAGGGAAGCGCACUGUCAAAAUUUUGGACCAGGACGUCGGUGUCGGUGAUAAGUUCCGUUAGGUCGAAUAUAUUGUUCACGCAUCGACUGUAGGAGUCGAGGUCAGACAGUUGGCAUAUCGUCACGUCGCCUAUUUGUCUGUAUAUUAGAGAACUGCAAAAAACCGAGCAUUUUGUGUGCAGCAUGUCUCAUAUUUUCAUGUUCUAUUUAACUAUACUGGCCUGAUGACAAGUUAUGAUAAAACGCUUGAGCAUUAGGCAGUUGUUUCACUGCAUCUGGUUAAACCAAGACUGACGGAUCUUGUCCCGAGGUCUUUACCACGCGAAUACUGCUGAAGAACUAAUCAGACAGUCAGAACUCAGCCCUGAAAAGUGGAAAUCACACCAGGUUAUCGACGCCAGUUUCAAUUUGCCAAUUUUAUAGGCUGACACACUACACUUCUUUCACACGAAGGGUAAAUAUUUAUUGUUUUUUCAUUAAGAUGUAAAUAGUUUACCGAGAAAAAAAAAGUUUAACUGUUGAACCGAAUCGACGGACACCGUGAAAAUAGCGUCUUUGUAUUUUUCUUAUAGCCUCCGACGGAAGGAUUUUCUGCCCCGUGCCUUCUAUACAAUUAAAUGAUCCUCGGGAAGGGGUGAGUCCACAGCCCUUGGAUGAUCAGAUAGUCGACCUGAAUCACGGCAGUUAUCAGCAUUGUGAACUGCUCCAAGCACCCUACCAUCGAACCUGCCUUCCGCAAAACACAGUCAACACCAACAACCUGGAGAGCAUUUGGAUUUGCCUUCCAGACGCCAACUACAGCUCCUCCACGAAGUCUGCCGUCAUCCAGGCCAUAAUUGAAGGUAGGGUCAAAAAUUGCGCACAAUUUUAAAUACCUUUGUACAGUUUUGCUGGGUGAGACUAUGCUUUUAUUUAUAGUUUCGUUUUAUCGGAAGAAAAAUGCAACCAUAUUUUAAGUGGCGUGAAUGCUGGUAGCCAUCUAUAGUAGGUAGCAUAUCUCAUGAAUUAUUUGCUAAAAUUCUGAAAUUUAUUUUACACUAGAAAAGAUUUCUUAUAUAUUAUUUAUCGUGCAUUCUAGCCCGAGAUAUUUCAUUCACGGCAGGUCGGGUUCAGAAUUAUCCGAGAAUUAUUAAAAGUUUUUUUUAAACCGAAUUAUAUCUUUUCUUUAAGUGUAAUAGUUAAAGACGUAGUUUCAUAACAAGUCAGUAAAAGAAUGAAUAUUUUUAUGCAUGGUUUCUAUGUUUGGAUUUAUAAGGGCAUCAGAAAUCAGUUAGAAAAAAAUCGUCCUGCCUAAGUAGUCAUUUUUUACAGGGUGUAGCUUUUGCAGCCGGCUGAAAAGAAGUUCAUUCAAAAGCCGGCAUUUUAAAAUAACUGAAUUAUUAUGGGAUUGUGCUGCGCGGUAAGCUAAACUGCAAUCAUAGCUAAUUAAUCUUUUUGUGCCGGAAACGCAUUUAAGAAUUUCGGCUAACAUUUCAUGAGUUGUCAUAUGUGCUCUGCACUCACUCUCACAUCAAUCAAAAAUAAAUAAUUUAUUAUGUUUUAGCAACCACCGACGCAACAACGACAACAAUAAACGAGAUGGAGUCUCCUUUGAGUCAAUUCAGUCAAGGCAACACACAAAAGGCCGCAUACAUCCUCGAGGCAAGGACAAACGACCAAAACCUCGAUGAGGCUGUCUCUUGCCCCAUUGAGGCACUCAUUAAGGACUCUAUCCAAGACGUCACCGACUUUGGACCCCAUAUAUCCUUCCAGUUCUCACUUAUGCUUUGUUCUGAUGAGGGAUUUUGCAUUCGCCAAUGA